AUCAGGUGGAUGGUGGGAGCUCUCUAUAACUUGUAUUAUUUUUUAAUAAAUACAGGAAAAAAAAAGAAAUUAUUACUCACAAAAGAAUAAACAGAAGUUAACAAUAAUCUUGUGAUCAAUUAUAUAUAAAAAUGUGUUUAAAAUCUAUUAAUUUUUAUUAGAAAAGUGCAAUGUGUUUCAUUUAGUCUGAGAGAGCACCUUUUUUUUGACAACACAAAAAACAGAGGCAAUAACGUUAAACAAAAUUAUUAAAAAUAUUUAAUUAUGUGCACGUUUAAACUAUAAUUCAAAUGAAAACAAAUUAUUUAUAUUCUAAUUAUGUGAUAUGUUAAUAAUUCAUCCGUGAGAAGUACCAUGUUUUUUUAUAUUGAUCUGCGAGAGAGAGAUAAAGUUGACAAUAAAAACAAAAGGCAAUCAAAUUAAAUAUAAAACAAACGAUAUAAAAAUGAUUGUUUCAGCAUAUUUAAAUUAUGGUCAUAAAGAAAAUCAUAUUAUUUAUAUUUUUAUAAAAUUGUGUUUACAAAUUUAACAAUUUAUCCGGCAAAAGUAAAAUGUUUUAAUGAAGAUCAGUGAGAGAGGAAGAGCACGAGUCAAAGAUUAAUGUGAGGGGAAAAUGCGAAGAAACGUCAUAAAAAGUAUUCCCUUCUAUACGGUUCAUUUUUAUUAUUUUAAUCUUAGUGAGAACACGAGCACUGUGAGAAGCACAAUGAAAGCCAAUGAAAAUAAACCCCAAUUUGCAGAAAGUUUUAAACAAUCAUUAAGGAAGAAUUAAGAAAAUAUAUUAAUAUUUUUUUUUAUUUCAAGAAACUUUGUGACCAACACCGAGUUUUUUUAUUUUAGAUGACUUAAAAUUUCCACUUAUUUGUGUGUCUGUAUUCCUGUGGAACAUCAGGUUGUUUCGCGCAGACGCUUUGAGAGCAGGGCAGGAAGAAGACAAUCAAAUUUGGGCAGAAACGAUUGGUUGAUACCCUGCAGCACUAUUUGGAAAGGGGACAUUCAAUAGCCAAUGAUAAAUUUGGUUAAACUUGUAAAGCUCUAGAUAUCUACAAUGAACAAAUAAGUCAGAUAGAACUAAAUAUGAUGUGAUUUUCAAAUUAAUGAAAAUGAAAGAAGGUUUCCUUGAAAAAACUGGGUUUAAUUUGAAUCCCUUUAUGUGUUACAUAGAUACGUAAAGUAUUCCAAUUUUUUGAUGUAGGGCAUACAAAUUUAAAUAGUAAUUUGUCAUAUGCAUGUUGAUGCCUACGUAUUUUAUUUGUUUACUUUUUAAUUUCUUGAAGCCCUGCCUAUACUUCAUAAUACAUUACUUUCCAUCACAUGUCUCCAAUUGCCUAUUUCAAAAUUGCAUAUCUCACUUUCUUUCAGCACGAUAACCAUGGUUAUUUGCCGCUUAUGCCUGAAUGAAUGUAGAGAUUUCAAAAAUCUUUACAAUGAUGAUGAUCAAUGCAAUGAACUGCAUCUGUUGCUGUGCAGAUAUUUUCAUCCACAGACCUUAAAUAUGGAAGAAGCCAAACAUCUAAGAUGUAUAUGUCUGGAAUGUUUUCGGCAUAUUGUGGAUUUUAAUAGCUUUCAAGCUUCUAUUAAUUUAGCUCAAUUAAAACUUUUAGAUACUGGACAAACAGGGGAACCAGUGAAAUUAGAAUCCCUCGAUUUGAACACGUCAAUUGAAACAAAAAGUUUUAAUCAAACCAACGACAUGGUUGUUGGGCAGAAUAAAAUUUCCAAUAAAAUCGAAUUUGAAACCAAGUUUCUUUGUGGAACACAAGGAUAUCCAAUGCCUCAUAAUAAUUCUCUGGAUGAAGAAACAUCCAAUGGUCUUUUGAGAGAGAAUAACACUUCCCUAGGGAAUUCUAACACCAAGUCACAAAAGACUAAUAUUUCUCGUAAAGAACUUUGUAAAAACACGAUAGAUUUAAAAAUGUUCCCAUGUGAUCAGUGCAAGCAAACUUUUGACCACAAGAGACAAUUACUGCAGCACAUUCGGUACACACACCAAUCCAAGAGAAACCCGUCUGGAUCAUCCAAAAAUGAAUCUAACCAAACCCAAUCUAAUCGCUUGCCCCAAAACCAAAGCAAAGAACUAACAAAACUUGAACCCAUUUGCCAUACAAAUGAAAAUUCUCCCCGAAUUAACAGAAGAAGAUUUUCGAAUGCCUUUAUUUAUACAUUUACCAAAAAUAUUUAUAAAACUAACAAAUCACCAUCGAAGCGGCAUCAAUGGACACCGGAAAAAGAACUUAGUCCCAAUAUUUCCAAUAAAACAACACCAAAUGGUCUAUAUUGCUGCGUGCAUUGCUCGAAAAUAUUUACCAAUUAUUCCAAGUAUAGUAGUCACACUGUGCUCAAACAUAAUACCAGGCAUAUUUGCGCAACAUGUGGUCUUACAUUCGAACAACGUACCCACUACCGGCAUCAUAUAUUGCAGCACAAAAAUGAGGAUGUUGUUAUAACGAGUAAUUGUUCGACGACUACAACUGAGAAUGGUAGUGAAAGUAAUGGCAUUGUACAUGUCAAAAUUGAACAAGAAUCAGGGAGUGAUGAGGAGAUAUUUACUUUAAGAUAUGAUACAGAUUAAUUAUUGUUAGAAGAAAUAUAUAUAUAUAAUUUUUACAGGGAACUUACAUUGUUAUUGAAGUGUAUAUACAAACCUUUUUGGUUGUGUUAUAUGUAAAUAAAACAAAUUGGUAA